AUGGAAACUCUAUUCAACUUCUUGUUGCAGGAGGAUUCAAUCGGGGAGGCAUUCGAUCCCCGAGCAGCGCGUCCCCGCUGCAAGCACUGCGGGGCGGACGCCUGGCUGCAGUGGGACGGCCACUACGCUGACUAUUGCAGCAGAAGCUGCCGAGACAAACAAGUGGGUACUCUGGGGCACACCUCAGCUGCAGGGCCCGCCCAGCGUGGCGGGUUUGGGACACGCGGCCCUCCUAACUUACUAGGGGAGAGGCAGGCUCAGCUGCAACAGGAGAAAGAGAACCUGUGGGAGAAGCAGUUUUCACCCAGAAACCGAUUCCUCCCUCGUAAGAAAGCACAGACUCAGGAACAAGAUCCGGGGAAGCAGCAGCUCAGAAUAAAUGAUUCGGCGACUGCCAUUACUGCUGGAGCAUUUGCAGAGGCUGCAGCAGCAAAGAAAGUCGCCAGAGCCCUACGACAGAGGGCCCCUCGACAUGCAACCCCCAGACAAUCCGUAGGGCCACGUAUGGAAGGAGGCCCUCCGCCAACAGCUACAACACCCAGGAGGAUGCUGAGCAUAGCCUCGAGGGGUCCUCGAGAGGUAGCACAGCUGCAAAGACAGCGCACAGUGGCGCGUUUUAUGGAUCACGGGGAAAAGGCAGAAGAACUGCAAACGGCUCUGCAGGAAUAUCAGGAAAAUUUAAUCUGUCAGCGACAGAAGCUAGAGGAAGAACGAACCGUUUGUGCGGCUAACGAUUUGGGGCAUUUUGCUAGAUCUUCAAUCACUUCUAAUGCUCCUGCCGAUGCUGGGAAUCUUCAGAUGUCUGAAGUUGGUGGUGGUGCUGCUAAUGCACAACAAAGUACCGAGCUGCAGGGGAAGGAAGCCGAGUCUUCAUCCCAGUUGCUGCAGGGGGAGCAAACAAAAUGUGAGGAGCAGAUGAAGGCCGUUAAAGAGCAAGUGGAGCAGCAGCUGCUUCAGCACAAAGCGCAGCUAGCAGCCGAAGUUAGGCGCAUCGCGGCAAAAGAUGUCGAAGCGCAGAAGGCUCUGGCGAAAGAGCUGGGGGAGGUCCGUGCUUCUCUGCAGCAGCUGACGAAUAUUCAGGACCAGAAGCGAGAGAAGAAGCAUCAGGUGGUUCAGAUGGAGCUUGAGCAGCAGCUUAUGGCUGAGCUUCAGCAGGAUCUCGAACAGCGGCUGGAACGAAAGCUCAAGGGGCAGCUCCAGGAGGAACUGGAACAGCAAAUUCAAAAGCAACUGCAGCGGCAGCAGGAGCAGCAGCAGGACCCUGAUAGCGCAGACAGGAUUCAACGGAGGAGGUCGAAGGAGCAGCAGCUUCUCCAGGCACUGUUGGAGAAGCAGCUUAAGCAGGAAGAGCGGCUGCAGCAGCAUAUAUCGCAACAGCAGCGGCAACAAGAGAAGCUAUUGUGCCAGCUUCAACAGCAGGAGCAGAUGCUGCAGAGACUGGCUGUUAGAGCCAGACGACGCAGUAGUGCAAGAAGACCUCAGUUGCCAUUUAAUAGAGUAGGCGAAAUACCAGCCGACCAACAGCUGAAGGGUUUGCUGGUUGAGGGCCUCUUAAGUCACCUCAGUACACACGAGCGCAAAGAGCAACAGCGCGAGCAACAGCAGCAGCAACCGCAAAAAACAGAAACGCUGGCGUGCAGCUGGGCGGAGAGGGAACUGGCUCUGAUGGACGCUCAAGCAGCAGGUGUUGCUGCCGCAUCCGAAGCAGAAGGGAGCCAUGUGGUUGGAGUGUAUAAGGGCCAGCUUGAGGCUGCCGUUAUCGAAGCAAGUCUGAAGCUUCAAGAGCCCGCGCAGCAGGAGCAACAGCAGCACUUUCUACAGUUUGGCAGCAAGUUACAAGUAGUGUUGCGCGUUGCCACGGCGCCGGGCGCAUGGGAGGAAAAGGAGACAACUUUUUCGCCGGAUGGAAAGUGGGGGGAAACGUUUAGCUUCGGCGUGCACUGGCCGUCUGCUGCCGUUGCUGCUGCCUCUGCUGCUCUGUACGCUCAGCUAUGGGCCACUUCCAACAGAAGUACUGCUACCAUGGGCCACAGCAGCAGCUGCUGCCGUUCGUUCUUGGGAGAGGCUGCACUCCCUCUGCCCACUUUCACAAAUCCUUGGGAGUACAGAGCCCCCCUUCGGUGGCGCAGUAGCCAGGGAGGUAACCCACGACGGCAGCAGUUGCUGGUGUGGGGGGAUCUUCUGCUUCGUGUCCAGUUCCAUCCUACCGAAAAGGCGGAAGCGGGUGUAAGUAUCACGAAGGAGCCACAGGACGUUCAGGCUUUGCUCCAAACUCCAGGGAUAAAGGUUGAUCACUUCAGCAGGUCCGACCACUGCACAGGCAGCAAGGUCACCAUCAGUAGCCCCAGCAGGCGAAGCACUGACAGCAGCGACAGCAGCAGCCAAAGUACUAGUGGCAUUGGAGGCCACAACGGAGAGCAGCUGCAGUCGGCGAACGUACUUUGCGACGUCCCGGAGGUAGGCUGCACACUGCAGCAACAGCUACUGCAGCAGUUAGACGAACUGUCACUUGCUUGGUGGCGCGCGCUGGGCGAACAACAGGAACAAAAACAGGACCACCAGCGCACACCUGUAGUUAUUGAUAGUCAGCUACUCCAGGAGCACCUUCAGCGGUCUCCCAUGAUGGGAGCCCUUUGCACGAACUCCUUCUGCAGCAAUAUGGCGGGUGCAUUCGCGGACUUGUACAGCGAAGAAGAGUUCCGUGUUUGGGGUAUCUGCGGCAGCUGCCAGCAGCAGCUGUUCACUACACCUCUACCAGCAGAGUUGAACAGGGGUCACUCUUCUAUAGAGCGGCUACGCCUACUGUCUCCGUUUUCCCGCUGUUGCAGGGACGCCCGUGACGGGGUUGGGCCCACUGAAGCCCUUGCUAGGGUGACAGCGCGUAAGGAGCUGCAACCAUUCGGAGAACUGAGGCUUGAUGGCAACAUCCCAGUUGCGUUUCCGUCGCCAAACUGCUUAUGGCCAUCUGCCUUGCAGCUGCUACAUGCCCAGCGUUUUUCUCUGGUUCAUGUUCAAGAGCGAUUCCGGAGCUGCAGCUGCAGCGGCGAGCUACUGGCUCUUCUACAGUGUCCCUUGUUGCAACGAUUCGAGAGGCCUGACUGGCACUCCCGUGCUGCUACCGCAGUACGCACUUGCGUGCUGCUACUUCUCCAGCAGCACCCCAAGCUGCAGCUCCUCUUGUCCUCCCUAGGAGGCCGUCGCAUCAGCUACCAUGACCCGCUGCAGCUGCGUGUGCUGCGCCGAAUGGAGCAGCAGCAGCUGCUGCAGCAUCGGGGGGCAGGAAGGGAUUCCCCAAGUAUUAUUCACAAAAUGAGACAAGAUGGCACUGCGGAGGCCCCCGCCAUACCUCACAACUUUGCGGGGAUGCUGUUGAUGGAUAUGUGUACAGCUUUGGGUCCCCCACUAACGGGAAGCCCCAAUCCAUCGCGAUGUUAA